GAAAGGGUUGCAGAGCAUGGGAGGCUGGAUCGCCUGCAGCCAGCAACCAGCAUGAGACUCCGGUCCAGAGCAAGGUAACAAAGGAAUGGCCCUAACCUGAGACAAAGCGAGGGCAGAGUAAUCUCCUAGUCCUGUGGAGCACCAGGUCAACCUGCAGUGAUAUCUUUGGGAGGGUCCUCUUUAUGGCUGUGAACUGAGGACCCCUGAAUAUAAACCAGUAAGAAACUACUGAGCAGACGGUAAGAAAUGGGUGACUGGAGUUUCUUGGGGAACAUUUUAGAGCAGGUGAAUGAGCAAUCCACUGUCAUCGGGAGAGUUUGGCUCACAGUGCUCUUCAUUUUCCGCAUCCUGAUCCUGGGAACAGCCGCUGAGCUAGUGUGGGGAGACGAACAGUCAGACUUUGUGUGCAACACCCAGCAACCUGGUUGUGAGAAUGUCUGCUAUGAUGAAGCCUUCCCCAUCUCUCACAUCCGGCUCUGGGUUCUGCAGAUCAUUUUUGUAUCCACGCCUUCGCUAAUGUACUUUGGCCAUGCGGUGCACCAUGUCCGCAUGGAGGAGAAGAGAAGAGAGAAGGAGGAAGCUGAGAGACGUCAGCAAGCUGAGGUGGAUGAAGAGAAGCUGCCCCUGGCUCCAAAUCAAAACAAAGGCAACAAUCCUAAUGGGACCAAGAAGUUUCGCCUGGAAGGUACCCUCCUGAGAACCUACAUCUUCCAUAUCAUUUUCAAAACCCUCUUUGAGGUGGGAUUCAUAGUGGGUCAAUACUUCCUGUAUGGCUUCCGAAUUCUUCCACUCUACCGCUGUGGGCGGUGGCCCUGUCCCAAUCUUGUGGACUGCUUUGUCUCCAGGCCCACGGAGAAGACCAUCUUUAUUAUGUUCAUGCUGGCAGUGGCUUCUGUGUCCCUCUUCCUCAACCUGGUGGAGAUCAGUCACUUAAUCCUGAAAAGGAUCCGGAAGGCUCUGAGAAGACCAGCAGAGGAACAGCUGGGGGAAGUCCCAGAGAAGCCCCUUCAUGCCAUCACAGUAUCCUCCAUCCCAAAGACCAAAGGCUACAAGCUGCUGGAAGAAGAGAAACCGGUGUCCCACUAUUUUCCUCUCACAGAAGUAGGGGUGGAGCCCAGCCCCCUUCCAUCAGCCUUCAAUGAGUUUGAGGAGAAGAUUGGGAUGGGACCAUUAGAAGAUCUUGCCAGGGCAUUUGAUGAGAGGUUACCAUCGUAUGCACAAGCUAAGGAGCCGGAAGAGGAGAAGGUAAGAGCAGAAGAGGAGGCAGAAGAAGAGGAGCAGCCAGAACCUCAGGAAGAGCCAGGGGUGAAGAAAGCAGAAGAGGAGGUGGUGAGCGAUGAAGUGGAAGGGCCUUCGGCACCUACUGAGCUUGCCACUGAUAUGAGACCCCUCAGCAGGCUAAGUAAAGCCAGCAGCCGGGCCAGGUCAGAUGAUUUGACUGUAUGAAGGUGCAGGAUAUGAGGAGCACAUGAAAAUGAAUAGGUUGAAAAGAAAAUGAGAGAUAAAGAAUCAAAAGGUAUUUUUUAAGCGAAGUGCUAAAAUGGCCAUUUGAAUAUUAUUUCCUCUUGAGAUUCUCAACUGGAAAGGUACGAUCAUGGUAACUGUGCCUUAUUUGCCCUGUAUGUCCAUUUGAGAAGGGACAUUUUCCCUGUUUCCACAUGCUAGCCCACUCCUUACAGGAAUACCUAUGCUGUACGCAUAACUGAUGUCUUUUAAAACCCAACGUGGCAGUGAAACCCAAAUGUCACUACUGUGAAUGGAUUUACUGGAAGCUUUGUGUUCCACAUUUCUGUUUGGCCAGUGAAGGGGAAGACUCAUCACAAAGUUUAUCUAGUAUUUCUUUUUCUGUUUCCACCUAUGGCAUGCUGAGCAGAUCUCCCAUUUGCUGUUGGCAUGGAAUUGCAGUUACUUAAUUCACAAAGUGAAUUCUGUGCUUAGCAUCAAUGCAGUAAACUCGUAAGCACUAUUUCCCCUCUCUAUUCAGAAAAUAAAGCCAAAAUGUCUCCACUUUCUCUGAGAAUGCAAAUCUGAGUGAGGUAAAAAUAUUCUCCCUUUGUCAAAACUAUUCCUCCUCUUCAAGUGACAUUGCAGUGGGCAAGGUUAACAGCAGCUCUCUACUAGGAUUUAGCAGAUGCCCACAGAUGGAUUAUUUGUUCCCAAGAGGGUCAUCCAGCCCCGAGCCUAUUUUAGAGCACUGGAAAGAAUAAAUUCAAGUGAUAUUUUUUACUUGUAGUCUUGUGACUUAAAAGAUCUGAAUCUUGAUUUAGCAAAGUAAGCGUGGGAAGGCUCUGUGAAAAUAGGAAACAGCUACAGCCCCAGAGCAUGAAACCAAAUAUAAGCCUUCAUGACAUGAUCCUGACAUGUGCUCAGUUCCUGGAGCUCCCAGACUUACAGGCACUCAGCAAAUCUCAGAGUCCUGAAGGCACCUGUGAACCUAAACCAGAGAUCUAGGUAACUGUGUGACUAUUUUAAACU